AUGUACUUUCUUCUGGAAGCAUACUCGCAGAGAGCGGCCUCGAGCGGCGUCCACCAUGGGACAUCAAAGACGUUAAUAACAUCAUUCCAAACCCGGAUAUUGAUACGAAGACAAGGGUUCACUGUUAGGCCGACUCCUCGAGAGCAAGCAAACCUCUCUACACAGAAAGAAUCGCAGCAUAAUCGGAGUUCGUCCAAGGUAUUCAAGAGCGCAGACGAUGCCAUCGCAGAUCUGCAGGAUGGGACUACGAUAUUGAGCGCUGGUUUUGGACUCUGUGGAGUGGCAGAGACUCUCAUCGACGCAAUUCGGAAGAAAGGCACUCAAAAUCUCACCGUCGUCUCUAACAAUGCCGGAGCUGGAGAACAUGGACUUGCCAAACUCACUUCCACGGGACAGAUUUCUCGCAUGGUGGUCUCUUUUAUCGGAAACAACAAGUCACUUGGUAAGCAAUAUCACGACGGCCAAGUGGCCAUUGAACUAUGUCCGCAAGGCACGAUUGCCGAACGUCUUCGUGCCGCUGGCGCCGGGAUCCCUGCCUUCUUCACAGCGACGGGUGCUCGCACCUUGAUCGAAACAGGUGGUAUUCCCGUCCGUCUCGGCCCAAAGGAUCAACAGACAGACAAACACGAGAUCGUGGAACCCGGUCGGCCGCGCGAAACACGCAUCUUCGACGGACGCACAUAUAUGAUGGAGACAGCGCUGAAGGGCGACGUGGCGAUCGUGCGGGCAUGGAAAGUCGACGAAGCCGGGAACUGUAUCUUCCGUUCCACGACCAAGACGUACGGUGUGCUCAUGCCCAAGGCCGCGAAACUAGCGAUUGUCGAGGCAGAGAAUAUCUUACCCAUCGGAUCCCUGGACCCAGAUCACGUCGAUCUUCCAGGCAUAUACAUCGACCGCAUCUGUCCGGCGACAUCGGACAAGCAUAUCGAGAAACUCGUCCUGGCGUCACAUUCCGAGGACCCGGCAGCAGAGCAAACCGACGAUGCCGUGAAGCGGAACCGUAUCGCCCGCCGCGCUGCCAAGGAGUUGAAAGAUGGAUUCUACGUCAAUCUGGGCGUGGGAAUUCCGACGCUGGCGCCAUCGUUUUUGCCCCCUUCCACGAAAGUCUGGUUACAAUCGGAGAACGGAAUCAUCGGGAUGGGUCCAUAUCCUCCCUCUCGUGAUGCCGCGGAUCCUGAUACUAUCAACGCCGGUAAAGAGGCGGUCACACUCGUCCCGGGUGCAUCAACCUUUGACUCGGCUGAAUCUUUCGGUAUGAUCCGCGGCGGGCACGUUGAUGUCUCUCUCCUCGGUGCCCUCCAAGUCUCUGCGUCAGGGGAUCUUGCCAACUAUAUCAUUCCCGGCAAAGCAUUCAACGGUAUGGGCGGCGCGAUGGAUCUGGUCAGUAAUCCGGACCAGACGAAGAUUAUUGUCUGUACAUACCACGCCGACAAAGAUGGCCGGAGUAAAAUCGUGGAUACGUGCGGUCUGCCGCUCACGGGCAAGAGCGUCGUAAGUACGAUCAUUACCGAGCUCGCGGUAUUUCAAGUCGAUCGGAAGGGAGGGAAGGGACUUCUGUUAACGGAGACGGCGGAGGGUGUCACUGUUGAUAUGGUCAGGAAGAAGACGAGCGCCAAGUUCACCGUGGCAGACCAUGUGGCGAUCAUGGAGUAA